CCCACCUCUCCACUUCCCAUGGCCCACCUGUCCACUCCACUCCCCAUAACCCACCCAAGUACUCUUCCUCCAUUCGUGUGCUCCCCAUGGUUUCAACAGAUACUCGAGACAAAUUUCGUGCCGCGGCACUCACAGGCAUUUGGGGACAAGGACACGGAGCAGGCAAAGAGGGAAGCAGAGCAGGGCUACCGAGAGAUGGUGGCCGAGUGGCUCUUGCUGUCGUCUAG